ACUAAAAAAUUUUUACAUCAAAAAGCACUCGGUAGCGCGCAGCGGGAAAUUACUACGUAUCAAAACGCCGAUACGAAAAACUUAAUCGAUUAACAAAUUUUAUACGUUAAUGAUAAGAUAACAAAAAUCAUACAAAUAUAAAUUUAAAAGAAAACACACACACACCUAACGUCACCAUUAGCUAAACAAAGUUUUGAGAGAAAGUGUGCGAAAGUUUUGGCAUAUGAAAUUUGGUUUCAUAAUGGAGUUUAUUUGCUGUCUUCUGGUCUUAAUUUCGGUGAUAAAUGUGCAAUGCUGCGAUUUCGAUCUCGUGAGCAGAGAAGAUUGGCACGCAGAUCCACCGACUGAUGUGGAAAAGAUGUCGAAUCCUGUACCGUUCGUGAUCAUCCAUCAUAGUUUCAUGCCGCCGGCGUGCUACAGCGCGGAGGAUUGCGAGAAGAGCAUGAAGAAGAUGCAGGAGAUGCACCAGAUUACCAAUGGUUGGAACGAUGUUGGCUACAGUUUCGCUGUUGGAGGAGAUGGACGCGCUUACGAGGGUCGAGGUUGGUUCAACGUUGGCGCACACGCACCCACGUACAACAACAAGAGCAUAGGCAUAUGCAUAAUCGGCGAUUGGAGAACUGAACUACCUCCGCCGCAGCAGCUGUCCACCGUUUUAAAGUUAAUCAAUUUUGGCGUAAGGAAAGGCUAUAUCGCGAAAGAUUACACACUACAUGGCCACAGGCAGGUCAGAAAUGGCACCGAGUGUCCAGGGAAUGCCCUUCUCGAAGAGAUUUCCACGUGGGAGCACUUCUCUCCAGAAGCCGAAAUGUAUUUUCCACCUCCUCCAAAAUAAAUAUAAUAUCAAUUAAUUUGUUAAUUAUUGAAAUCCAAAAUAGUGUCUAAAAAUAAAUAAACCAGUUGUUUUUUGUGAAACCCUGAUUAAUUUACACGAAUUUAGUCGGUUUUUGGAAGGAAAAAGUCGUCGGUGCGUUUCGAGCACACAUAUAGAGGAAUUGUGUGAAUAGUUUGUUGCGCGUCCCGACGUCACGCGUCCAAAAUAGAAAUAGCUGCGAGUAUAUUCCUCCACACACUCCAAAAUCCCAAAGCCGAAAACAUUCUGUGUUCCGAUACGCAACUAUUAUAACGAAUCCCCGCCGUCUCGCCUUUAGGGAUAAAUAAAAAAAGGAAAAUUUAUCGCGAAACGAAC